AUGGGGAACGUGUCGCCCACUCCGAAACAGCUCAUGACCGAGGGAGCCAUAUUCUGGAGCAUCGCGGCGGUGCUAUUCAUUGGUCGCUUGGUUUCUCGGAUCAUCGGGACUGGUUCAAUCAAACGCCUGAACUUCGAGGACUAUACCAUGUGUGCAACAUUUGUGGUGUACACGAGCCUUCUAGUACUCAUCCCAAUAUCCUCCCUCUAUGCAACCAACCUCAUGGACCCAGCCGACUACGACAAGGUUCUUGCCGACCCGGUCGAGGUAAACAGACGAAUCGUUGGGAGUAAGAUCGUGAUUGCGUUAGAGCAAUGCAUGCUCUUCUCGACAUGGGGAGUGAAGACGUGCAUGUUGACCAUGUUUUGGCGACUGACCAAGAAUCUCCGUCUACACCUCUUCGUGAAGGGCAUUGCCGUCUAUGUUGUGGUUGGGUUUGUCGUCAUCAUGGUGACCUAUUACGGCGUGUACUGUAGGCCCUUUUCGCAGUACUGGGCGAUGCCGGUGCAUGAUAUGCAGUGUGCGACCUACCAGCACUAUUCGAUCACGCAGGCCGUUUUCAACAUCAGCUCGGACGCGGCCAUGCUGGCGGUGCCGGUGCCGCUGCUGAUCCAAGCGCAGAUGCGGAUGAGGAAGAAGGUGCUUCUGAUCUGUAUCAUGAGUCUUGGUCUCUUCACCGUCGUGGCGGCCAUUCUCAACAAAGUGUACAACUUCGCCUCUCCCCUGACGACCACAUACCAAAUCUGGUACAUCCGCGAAGCAAGUACAGGCAUCUACGUGGCCAACCUCGUCUGUCUGUGGCCUCUGCUGCGCAAGCUGUUCGGCUUCAGAGCGUUCCAAAACAGUGGAAAGCAGUACCGGCAGCAUCUCGUCCGACCCGAUAAGGAAUGCUCCGGCGCUACGCGAUCCGCUGGAACCUCGCGAUCGCGACCGUCCUUUUCGCUUCACCAGGCUUUGCAUCUCAACGGCAAGGGCCCCCACGUUAUUGCGAAGUCAUUGGUGCCGGGUCGGAAGAACAACGAACAACGGGACAGCCAAGAAGCUAUCACUAGGACCUCGCAUGACGACGAUGCGGAAGACCAUAUUCCCUUGGAUGUCUGGGACAAGGGAGGCCGUCAGCCUGACCCGGAGAUAGGAGUACUUGGCGACAGUAUCUCGCGAACCUCGUCGCACUCGGGGAAUGCGGUUCAUGGAAAGCCACCCCAAGAACCUCGGACCCCGUAG